GCACUAAUUAAGUGCACGCAUUCGUGGACGCGUCUGUGUUUCAACGAAGUUGUGAAGCCUCAGGCUCAGUACCUAACACUUAUGCAACCACAGAAUACGAACCUACGAAAGUCCAUAUCUCGAUACGCCAUCUGCUAACCUGUACGAAUAAGAGAGAAUUGGAGGUCAUUUGUUUUGUUAUCCCCAUGCAGGCUUCUACGCAAUGAAUUCGAAGUCCAUCCGUCGCCUCGCUGCGGACCAUGCAUCUCUACAUACUCUCGGUCUCCCCCCUAAUUAUCUCUUCCCGACUCAAGCCUCAAAUUCCCAUUCUUCAUGCUGCGACGACUUGAGCAUCCUCAAUGUCCUCCUCGCAGGCCCCGAGGGAACAGCCUACCAAGAUGGCAUAUUCAGUCUACAUCUCAGCAUGCCCAGGGAUUACCCUAAUUCGCCUCCAACCGCUACCUUCAAGACCAAGAUAUGGCACCCGAACGUGGACGAAAGAGGAAGUAUCUGCGUGGACACGUUAAAAUCGGGUUGGAAUGCGGGACUGAGUCUGCGAGAUGUGCUCAUAACAGUCAGCUGUCUCCUGAUUCAACCGAAUCCCGCAAGUGCUCUCAAUGCAGAGGCUGGCAUGCUUAUUCAGAAUGGGGAGUGGGCCGCCUUUGAGAAAAGAGCAAAGGUCAUGUGUGGAGUCUACGCCGCCAUCCCGGACACCCUCAGGAAGGAGGUUGAGGAUGCGAGGCGGAGAGGUGAGGAGCAAAACAAGGACGCAGAAGCGAUAACAAAGAAGGGUAAAGGAACAGCAAGGCUCGGGAAGGAAAAACCAUCGGUGAAAGUCCAAGAGGUAUCAGAGGGGUAUACGGAGAUUACUACAACUCUCACUAAAAUCACCGCCCCUGAGACGCCAUUAAAAAAUGAGGAUGUUCGGGCAGAAAAGCCGGAAACAAGACCACUUGACCCUGGAACUGACAAUAUAGCGGGCACUCGAGCUAAAUCGACAUCGAAGACAAAGCUUUAUGUGCCUGAGCAUGCCAUAAAUCCGGGCACGCCUUUACCAACCGUCGUUCGUCAACAGGAUGUAUCAGCCAUAGAUUUUGGACAGCCCUCAACACCGGCUCCAAAGCCCCUCACUGGCACAGCGGCUAUUCCUACGGCGAACACACUAUCUAAUACGGUUACACUAACGCCGACAGACGUCAUCGUCACCACUCAAGGCUCUCAAGCAACGCCAGGAAGCUCACCACGCGAUGGCCCCAGCUUCCACUUUUCGUGGAUGCCAUCCCGCCGAAGUCCAGGGGGCAAGGGUAGCUCGCCGCAACGUUCACCGGAGACCCUUAGGCGAGAAAAGCAUGAGCUCCGAAAAUUAAAGGCGGCUGGGUACUCCAUUGCAAGAUAUAACAGGGGCCAAUUUGGUCCACGCAAGGGGCUGUUGCGUUUGUAAACAGUCUUGUUCAUGUUUCAGAGUAGAAUGCCUUUGAUCGAGCAUAGCGGUGGCGUUCGUGAGCAUGCGUCCAGGGGGAGAGGGCCCUUGGAAGUUUUUCCAGAAGUUUCAUUGCACCGUGUUUAGAUACCAUGACUUUACAGAGACACAGUAGGCAUCAUUUCACCAUUUCGUCCAAUCUCUGUCUUGGCCCCAUAGUGCGCUGGCAUAUACCUCGUUCUGUCAUGGCCACUUUUUUUUCAAGUGAAAGUUCUUCGUUCCACCUGUUGGGUAGGUAGGUCAUGACACACGUAAUUUUCAGUAUUCCUACCGUUCGCUGGCGUCUCAAUACGAUUGACCCACGUGGAGAGCUGGUAUACAAACUGGUCAUUGGUUCUCUAGGCAACUCCCUUACUUGAUA